CCGUCUAUGCUAACUGCUAACUGUUAACAUUACUAGCAUAUUAAGAAAUACUUACAAAGUUAGGCUCGCUUCCUAAUUAGCGUCUUUUCUCGCGUGUUAUCUAACAUAAACAGAUGCCAUCUACUAAACUAUAUAUUCUGUAUUUCUUAGCAGCCGCUCGGUAAGUUGUUUAAACCCUAAAUGUCCCGAGGACUCGUGAUGGCUGUUUACUAUAGCAGCGGCGCCCUAAGCUGGCCAGCUCCUCUCCUGUACGGUUUACGGGUGGAUUUUAAACACCUAAGAACAUAGUAAACAACAUAAUAAUGAGCGCUGUGAGCUAUUUGAACAGAAUAAUAAGAAUAGUGGGUACUAAAGGGUGGAAUGGUUAAGAAUCGAGCAGGUUUGACCGUGUUGCGUUCACUUGUUGCUUCCAUAUUGUUAUUUAAGUGCUUCAUCCAGCUCGCUCGGUGUUUUGGUUUAAUUAAAGCGGAAUAUUGAGAGCUGGCUUCGCCUCGUACGGUGGGUGCUGCUGGGUUUCUGCUAGCUGGCAGUCCUGGCGGGGCUAAAGCAGAAGGCGUAUUGCUGAAUCACCCUGACUUUACAAAGAGGCGGUCCCCUCGGUCCGCAGCCCGAGUCCUGCCCGGCGGACACUUUUUCCGCUGCGACCGCUGACUUCCUACGCUUGUCGGGAACCGGAGCCUGUUGCCAGCAAACCGUCUGGCCAUGCAAAGACUUUAUUGGAUCCUUUUAGUGGACCAGCCGCAGGGCCGUGGAGGAGCGGGAGGCUGGGCCCGGGACAGAGUCUGAAUCUGUUUGAAGAGCAAUCGGAUCAUGACGACAGAGAGGAGCAACAAAGCCCUGAAGGUGAAGCAGGAGUGCGGGGAGAACGUUCCCUUCCUGUCGGACAGCGAGCUGAUGUCGCUCUCUGUGCGGGAGCUGAACCUCCACCUGCGGGGCCUUUCCCGUGAGGAGAUCCAGAAGCUGAAGCAGCGCCGGCGGACCCUGAAGAACCGCGGCUACGCCGCCAGCUGCCGUGUCAAGCGCGUGUCCCAGCGGGAGGCGCUGGAGCAGCAGAAGAUGGAGCUGCAGAGGGAGGUGGAGCGGCUCGGCGCCGAGAACGCCGGCAUGCGGAAGGAGCUGGAGGGGCUGGGCGCGCGGCUGGCCGCCCUGCAGCGGUUCGCCCGCGGCCUGGAGGCCGGCGGCGGCACGCUGCUGGCCACGGCGCCGCGGCUCAACACCGCCUCCGUCAUCACCAUCGUCAAGAGUCCGCAGCAGCCGCAGCAACAGAGAGAGCAGGAGCCGUCCUAGGGGAACCGGAACCAGAACCAGAACCAGGGGGAUGGGAGGGAGGCGGGGUCAGGUGGUCUGCAAUGCAAACACACACAGAGGCGUGGAAAUUCAUUAUAAACACACAGGAUGCACAGACUGGAUCAGUAGGAAAAUACUAAACAUGCUGUCUGCACCUUUUUCACGUUAAGCGGAAGUGAUUUACCUCAGUGCAGUAAAGUGUGCGUCGUUGCCUAGCAACAGCAGCUUAGCUUUUCUAUCCAGGAGCAGAAAGUCACCUGUCCUCGCUCCACACACACAGACUCACCUGCUCCACCUGAACCGGACCGACGCAGAGUUACUGUACCACAUUACUGCAGACAGGAAGUGGGCGGUUCCUCAGAGCAAACUCUGAUUGGCUCGUUCCAGCAUCAGAAACUGAAACUGUUGAUCCAAUACCAGGUAAAUACAAAGCCAAGAUACCGGUACCGAUACUUUCUACUACCAUCAAACUUCUGACCUUCAGCUGUGUUUGUGGUUUUACAUUUAAAUUAUGUCAUUAAAAGUCAAGACAGAAUUUUUCUACAAAAUACUUUUAUAAUAUAUUAUUAUGAACAGAAACAGUAGAAAACAAAAUAACUUUGUGCUUAUCGAUAUUAUUGAUAUUUUUAAUCGAUCCGCUCACCUCUGACACGAAUCAUUCACUGCUUUACUAGUUUAAAUAAUAUUUUUUAAAUAAUUCAUUUUUUAUUUAUGUAUUGGUUUUUAACUGCUUAUUCCAGUUUCACAUUAUUUCAGAAAUCAAAAUGAUUUAGUUUGUUUUGUGUGUCACAGCAACCUGUCCACAUUUAGGCCUCCCUACUUAAAAAUCACUGCCCAUAUUUAUUUAUAUAUGUUGAAGCUCUUAUUUUGAAAUUAAACCGGAAGACUUAAUUCCGAUCAGAGAGAAGCAAGCUAGCCAUAGCUAAGCUAAUGUUAAAAAGAACGUGAAAUGACUUUAAUUUCGUCCAAUCAGGUUUGGUUUUGUCGCCCAAUUGAUUUAGUUCGUCCAAUCAGGUGUGGCCUUUGUUUUUUGGAAACGCCUACUUCCUAACUGAAGUUCUGGGUUCUGUCAUAUUCUGAUCCCACCGUCCAGAUUAGCAGUGGAUAUUAGCCUAGCAUAGCAGUGACUGUUAGCUGUCCCGGGUCUCAAAGGUUAAAGAUGCGGCCGGAAGUGUUACUGGGUUUACUUCCCCCUCUGUACUCCUCCAUCAUGGCGGCCAUCAACGCAGUGCCUUCGGUUCACGCAGAACCCAAACAAAGAAAAGCAGAAGCUAACCACUCCUCCUUUCCUGUUUUAGAGCCGCUGCACUUUCAGAAUGACUGCUGUGGAUUUUCUAGGUUUUCAGGCCUAUAACACACACACACACACACACACACACACUCACAUCAAUCAUUUCAUAAAUGUGCAGUAAUUUGGGUUCAUUCAGCUUCAGUUUCAUUACAAACAGACUUUAUCUCCAGGCUUCCUUCAGACCCGCGUCGCUCCUUCUCGCCUCAAUGCAAAUCCUCUGAAACAUUCCAGUUUUGUGUUAUUUGUAACGUCCGUAUGUGCUGCAGAGACGAAAAUGUUGAGUGACAUUUUUAAGAGAUAUAUAUUCUAUAUUUUAUUUGUAUUUAAAGGUAGAUAUUCUGAAAAGACAAGCUAACGAGUGCUGUGAUGUUCUACAUGUUUUCAAAAGUACUUAUGACUAGUCUGAGAAGAUUCUCACGUCUAAUUAUUAUUACUGUGUUGUGUGGCGACAAAGAUUACAAAACGUUAAUGAUUAGCUGCGUAGAAAUACUCAAAGCCAACGGCCAUAUUGAUGUAUGAUUAUUUUUCUGUGUGUGUUUGUGUUUUAUUGCCAUAUUUGUACCAGCUCGUCGCAGCAGAUUCCAGGGAGGGACAUUUAUUUUUCUACGAUGACGUUUGUUUAAAAAAAGAAGAAGAAGAAAAUCCGGGGAGACAGAAAGCUAAAGAAAGAUGGCGGAAAUGAUGGAAACAGAAAGUAGAGGCUGGAAGAGAAAGUGCAGAGAGGACGGCUGGUUGACUUGAAGAAAUGGAGACAUGUUUAGGCCACUGAAUAUUCAUAGCAAUAUAGAUAUGAGUAGAAAUUAUAACACCAACCGAGCUGCAGAGUAAGACAUGUUUAGCUAAGUAUGAGCAUUUAUUCCCGAUAUCUUAACGUUCUUCCAAUCGUGCUGGAUGUUUUGUAAAACCUGCAAAACAAAAAUGGUAUUUGUAUUUAUUACCUGUAUUUUUUCUAUUGUGAAAAUUUAAGUACAUUGUCUAUUUUAUAUAUUAAUUAUAAUAAAUGUUGUACAUAUUGUACAUAAAACA